CUUUCUCCAUCCCGCUCCUAUACCAUUCGCAGCAGGAACACCUCCCUCGACCCGUUAACCACAUCGCCUUGCCAUCGCCGUCGCUCGCUGAAUUCACUCCGCCCGAAACACCCACCGCCAUCUCCUCCGGACACCGCCCGCACCGCCAGCGACCAUGGCUGCCGCGACGAUGAAUGCGCAGCAGCCCCAGAGCGUGUUUCCCAAGAGCCACGUUGGUUUCGACAGCAUCACCACCCAGAUCGAGAAGAAGCUGUUGAAGCGCGGGUUUCAAUUCAACGUCAUCUGUGUCGGUCAAACCGGUCUCGGCAAGUCGACUCUCAUCAACACCAUUUUCGCAUCGCACCUCGUCGACAGCAAGGGCCGUCUCACACCCAACGAGCCUAUCCGCCAAACCACCGAGAUCCACCCAGUUGCACAUGUCAUUGAGGAGAACGGUGUGCGUCUGCGCCUGAACAUUGUCGACACUCCUGGCUAUGGCGAUCUGGUCAACAACGACCGCUGCUGGGAUCCUAUCGUCAAAUACAUCAAGGACCAACACAGCGCAUACCUGCGAAAAGAGUUGACUGCCCAGCGUGAGCGAUACAUUCAGGACACUCGCAUUCACUGCUGCCUGUACUUCAUCUCCCCAACUGGCCACUCUUUGAAGCCAAUUGAUAUUGUCGUGCUCAAGAAGCUGAGUGAGACGGUCAAUGUCGUGCCUGUCAUCGCCAAGUCUGAUAGUCUCACUCUGGAGGAGAGACAGCUGUUCAAGGACCGCAUCAAGGAGGAGUUUGCUUUCCACAACAUCCGCAUGUACCCCUACGAGAAUGAGGAGUACGAUUCGGAGGAGGCGGCAAUGAACUCCCAGAUCAAGUCCAUCAUUCCAUUCGCAGUUGUCGGCAGUGAGCGCAACAUCAACGUUAACGGCAAGACCGUGCGUGGCCGCCAGAACCGCUGGGGAACCAUCAACGUCGAGGACGAGAAGCACUGCGAAUUUGUCUAUCUCCGCGACUUCCUGACGCGCACACACCUGCAGGACCUGAUCGAGACCACUUCUCAGAUCCACUACGAGUCUUUCCGUGCCAAGCAGCUGCUCGCACUCAAGGAGAGCUCCGCCCAAGUGCACGGUGGUAGCCGGCCCAUCUCCCCAGCAGCCGACCGGGAGCUCAGCAGACAAAGCCAGCGCAUGACCAUGAACGGGUACUAGACAUGCUUCCAUUUCAAAAAUGAUACCCAGCACUUGGAGCAUUGAUAAUUUACUCUCUUUCACCUUGCGUGGCUUUUCUGACUUUGCUUGCUGACAUGGGGUGCAAGACCGCAGCCGAAUAUGGGCAAAGUGCGACUGCCGGUGGACAGUGCUCCUCCACCACCACCGCCAGCUGCUCACGCAGCCCCUCCGAGCAUUGCUGGAUCGCAUGGCACGCCAAAUCAUACUCGUGGACCUGCCAGCCAAGGAUAGACUUCUGAUGCUGCAAAGUUUGUGGAGUAUUGAAUGGAACUCUCUUUACUUUCAUGUCUUUAUACUAGGGAUCGGGUGCUUGAUGUGACAAGAAAAAGAACAGGAGCCGCAGCAGGGCGACGGUACGGCGAUUGUCAUUUUACACUGAUACCAACCACGGCAAAGCAUAUCUCUUUUGUCAGGAAAUAACUAGUGAUCUUUGUUGAAAAGCGUGGAGUAUGCUGGGAGUGUGUAAUAGCAUGAUAUCUUGAUAGUGUUUUGUCAGAAUGGAGACCAGUUUCUCGUCAGCCCCG